AUUGGCAUGGCAUUUUUAUAUAACUGUUCACUACUGUAUAAGACCUCUAUUUGAUAUCCCCAAAAGAUUGUGCACCAUCCAAUUUAAAAUAUCAUAAAACAACUUUAUGCUUCCUCAAAACACACCCAAAACAAAAACAAAACAGAACAAAAAUAUUUUGCCACGUUAACGCUGCGAAGCAGGUUGCACAGACCAUGGUAAGCUCAUCGUGUUCCUUUUCAUUUUCCACCUAAGCGUCAGCCGCCACUUUGUAUGGCCAGUCAAGUCAAGCCACAAGCUUUGACCAAAACUUUUUCCACGGUCAAAGAAACCCUUUCAGCUUCUCAGAAGAAGCUUGGUGUCCUCGGACAUAAAAUGCUCACCCAUCAAACAUUUUCUCUUCAAAGACUCUCUCUCUCUCUCUCUCUCUCUCUCUCUCUCUCUAUAUCGCUCUCUCUUAUCUCUGUCACUGAUCAUUUGCUUUUCCCCAGUAAAAGUUUGAAUCUUUCUAUUAUAUAUAUUCCCUCUCCUUCCUCUUCUGAUUCUCAACUGCCCCCAAUUUUCCAUGACUUUUUCUUUCACAGACCUUCUAUCCAAUAACGCAAACAUGGACAAUCUUAGCCAAGACAAUACUAGGCUAAGCUGGGGGGUUUCAGACAACCUAAUGGACAGAAAUGGAAUGGAAAUUCCAUGGUUCAAAACCCUUCAACCUUCUUCUUUACCUCUCUCUCCGCCUCCUGUUUCACCGUCUUCUUUUUUAACUACACCUACUGGUUUUAGCCCUUCUGAACUCUUAAACUCACCUGGUUUCUUUUCAAAUGGUCUUCCAUCUCCAACAACUGGAGCAUUUUCUGGUCAAACUUUCAACUGGAGGAGUAACUCAAAUGAAAAACAAGAAGGAAUUGAAGAAGGAGACAAAUUUUUCUCUGAUUUCUCAUUCCAAACCCAGACAACAAGGCCUGCUUCAACGACAUCAUCAUCAUCAUCGUUUAAUUUCCAAUCUGCUUCAAACACUGCUGUUUCAAUAGAAGGAUCAUUGGCAAGGCAACAACAACAAGCAUGGAAUUUCAACAAAAACACACCGGAGAAAACAGGAAUAAAAACAGAAUUCCAAGCUCCUCAAAACUUUUCUUCAGAAAUUACCACAACCAAAACAAACAUACCCAUUAAUGGUGUUCCAAAAUCUGAGUAUGUUCCUAAUACUCAGUAUGUAAGAGAGCAAAAAUCAGAGGAUGGGUAUAAUUGGAGGAAAUAUGGUCAGAAGCAAGUGAAAGGGAGUGAAAACCCACGUAGUUAUUACAAGUGCACGUUUCCAAGUUGCCCAACAAAGAAAAAAGUUGAAAGAUCCGUGGAUGGACAAAUUACAGAGAUAGUAUACAAAGGAAGUCACAACCAUCCUAAGCCUCAGCCCACCAAAAGAUCAUCUUCUCAAUCAUUUCAGACUUCUGGGUAUACCAAUUCCGGAAUUUCUGACCAAUCAAACACAGUUCAGGAGGAUUCUUCAGAUUCAAUAGGAGAGGAUGAUUUUGAAAGAAACUCUCCUACCCAUAAUUCUGGAGGAGAUAAUGAUGAGAACGAACCUGAAUCCAAAAGAUGGAAGGGAGAGAAUGAAAAUGAAGGGUAUUCAGCUUCUGGGAAUAGAACCGUGAGAGAACCUAGAAUUGUGGUUCAAACAACCAGUGAAAUUGAUAUUCUCGAUGAUGGAUAUAGAUGGAGGAAAUAUGGACAAAAAGUGGUAAAGGGAAAUCCAAAUCCAAGGAGCUACUAUAAAUGCACGUCCACGGGUUGUCCAGUGAGGAAACAUGUGGAGCGAGCAUCACAUGAUACAAGGGCUGUGAUCACAACUUACGAAGGGAAACACAAUCAUGAUGUACCAGCUGCCCGAGGGAGCGGCAGUUAUACUGUGAACAAACCCGCACCUGAUAACACUAGCAACGUUACCAUACCUGUUAGGCCCUUAGCCUUGCCUACCCAUUCUAAUAACCCUUUCAACUCUAUUCCCAAUUCAAAGUUGCCUCAAUCAACAACUCAGCCACCAUAUACCUUGCAAAUGUUGCAGUCCCCUGGAAGUUUCGGCUUUUCGGGUUUCGGAAAACCGACGGGAAUCUACACGAACAAUCAACAAUCUCAGCAGGAUGAGGAUCAGAAAAUGGAGAGGAAGAGCAACUCAUUUUUGGACUCAUUUUUAGCUUAGAGCUAAUUGUGUUCUUGAACCGAAUUAAUAAAAUAGGAUAGUUUCAUUGUAUAGUUUAUAUAAACAAUGUCUUUUUUGUUUUUUUUUCCCGGUUAGUAAAAGAAAAAGGACACUACAGGAUGGUAAAACAUUGCUAGAUAGAUCCUUAUGUAAAACAAAACAAUGGCCAUGUAGCCUGCUAAAUUUAAAGUCAGAUAAAUUUUUUGA